AUGCGCACGCAAAAGCUGUGCCAGAAGUGCGGUGACAUAAGCCUGACAUGUCAGUUAGCCGGUGACAGUGCCGGAAAGUUGCGAUUCGGCGAUCCACGAGGGCACAGUCCGCCAUUCGGCCGAUCCUUCUUCCACUCUCCCAGGUCCGGCGAUCUAGUGUUCUUCCCGUCCUGGCUCAGUCACAUGGCCACAGUGACAGCUCCACAGACAAACCCCACUUCCGGAGAAAGCCCACCAUUGCGUGUUGUGUUCUCCUUCAACAUAGGGCCAGUCCAGGGUCCGAUGCCGUGUCACGUGUGGUGGAGUGACCCCACCGGCGACAUGCGAUUCAGUCGGAAGAUGGCGUUCAACCCCGAGAAGCUUGGUCUGUGA